AUGAUGCAGCUGAAGAACGGGGAUGCCGCGUACUACCACAGUGCAGAAUACUGCAGAAAUUACACUUCGCCGCCUGUCAGCUACGGGGACAGCAGCCAUUAUCUUGCCCGGUUGCCAGGUCCAGAGAACAUGUUGAAGCCUCCUCUGAGUCUCUUCAGCCAUCCCCAGCAGCCUUUCCAACACAUGGACUCUCUGCACCAGCUGGGACCCCCGCCAAUGGCGCCAACACAGCCUCUUGGCCCUCCACCCAUCGCCCCUGCUCAGGCAAUUGGACCCCCAACUAUGUCUCCCACGCAGACUCUAGGGCCCCCUCCCAUAACUGCUACUCACACGUUAAGACCUCCCCACAUUACCCCACCACACAGCUUAGGCCCCCCUCCAAUGGCCCCAGCUCAGCCCCUGGGGCCUCCACCAAUGCCACACACCUUGGGGCCCCCACCUGUAGAUCACACACAAGCAAUAGUGCCUCCAAACAUGGACCUCACACAACCACUGGGGCCUCCACCUCUUAACCCUGCACAAGCACUGGUGCCCCCACCUGUUGUGGCGCCCGGAGCCGGCCGAUUCCCCCUCCCUCCCAGCCCCCUGUCAUCCCCUCCUGCUCCUGGCCCAGACCAUUCACAGCUUCCCCCACGGCCCCCAGGACCCGCCCUCAUCCCAGCCCCGGUGUCCGGCCUCAUCCCUGGUCAUCUUCCGGGCCAGGCAGCCCCAGCCAGUGAGCAGCCCCAGGAUGAGGGCUCUCCGCUGGGGACGGAGGAGCAGGAGGACUCUCUGGGGCUGGAGGAACUGUGUAAACCGCUGUACUGUAAACUCUGCAACGUUACCCUCAACUCCGCCCAGCAGGCACAGGCUCACUACCAGGGGAAGAACCACAGUAAAAAGUUGAGAAAUUUCUACGCUGGCAGUCAACAGCCACCAGCCAUUAGGAUCCCAGAAGUCCUGGAUGUGGCUGGCCAGACAGCCCUCAGCUCAGGAUCCAACGACAGUGACGCCGGCAGGCAGGCGCUGUAUAAGGGGGCGACCCGGGUCAUCUUGGCCACAGAGAACGACUAUUGUAAGCUGUGUGACGCCUCCUUCAGUUCACCGGCAGUCGCACAGGCCCACUACCAGGGCAAGAACCACGCCAAGAAACUACGGCUCGCUGAGGCCCAACAGAACUCCAAUAACAUGUAGGUCAUUCUGCUUUGUGCAGGCUUAGCAUACACCCCAAGAAGAAACAGGAAAGACGGCAGCGAGUACAGACUGGUGAAAAACCGGCGCAGCCCGCAGCUACCUGCCUCCAUGCCAGGGCCAUACUACAACCCCAGACCGAGGCAGCGCAUCCCCAGGGAUUUGGCCAUGUGCGUGACUCCCAGCGGACAGUUCUACUGCUCCAUGUGCAACUGUGGAGCCGAGCAGGAGACGGACUUCAGGCAGCAUCUGGAGAGCAAGCAGCACAAAGCUAAAGUGUCGGAGUUAAGAUACCGCCACGAGAUGGAGAACCUCGGCUACAGCUAA